AUGAAACUGAAGAAGCAGGUGACUCUCUACCUGAUGCUGGACCGCGUCCAGCACGAUCCCGCCAGGAGACACAGCGCCGGGAACUUUCCGAGGAGCCAGAUUUCGGUGUUGCAGAACCGCAUCGAGCAGCUGGAGCAGCUCCUGGAGGAGAACCAUCAGAUCAUCAGCCACAUCAAAGACUCUGUGCUGGAGCUCACCGACACGGGGGCCAUCUCUCCCAGCGGACACCUCCCUUUCCGUAGCGCCAAUGGCUCCUGGGUGCUGCCCUUUGAUGGCAGGCCCACCUUUCUCUCCGUCAAGCCGCUGGAUUGCCAGUUCGCACUGGCCCGCAGGAGCCAAACCGACCUGCAGAUGCUGGAUGUAUACUCCUUGCUGAGCUUCGAUAAUGUGGAUGGAGGUGUUUGGAAGCAAGGCUUUGAGAUCACCUACGAGCCCAACGAGUGGGACGACGAGCCCCUGCAAGUGUUUGUGGUCCCUCAUUCGCACAACGAUCCAGGGUGGAUCAAGACAUUUGACAAGUACUACAAUGACCAAACGCAGCAUAUCUUCAACAACAUGGUGGUCAAACUGGCUGAAGAUCCUCGCAGGAAAUUCAUUUGGUCGGAAAUCUCGUUCUUCGCCAAGUGGUGGGAAAGCGCAGAUGUACAUAAACAAGAGGCAAUGCGCAAGCUGAUCCUCAGCGGACAGCUUGAGAUGGUGACGGGAGGCUGGGUCAUGACGGAUGAGGCCAACGCUCACUAUUUCGCCAUGAUCGAUCAGCUGAUUGAAGGUCAUCAGUGGCUGGAGAAAAAUCUGGGUGUGACCCCUCGCUCAGGCUGGGCCGUUGAUCCGUUCGGGCACAGCGCCACGAUGCCUUACCUGCUGAAUCGGGCGAACAUAAGCAGCAUGCUGAUCCAGAGGGUCCAUUACUCCAUCAAGAAGCACUUUGCUGCCACACGGAGCCUUGAAUUCAUGUGGAGGCAGACCUGGGAUAUUGAAUCGGGCACAGACAUGUUCUGUCACAUGAUGCCGUUUUACAGCUACGACGUGCCUCACACGUGCGGCCCAGACCCCAAGAUCUGCUGCCAGUUUGAUUUCAAGAGGCUGCCGGGCAGUCGAGUCAACUGUCCGUGGAAGGUGCCCCCCCGAGCCAUCACAGAUGCCAACGUGGCCGAGAGAGCUGGCGUUCUGCUUGAUCAGUACCGUAAAAAAUCCAAGCUGUUUCGUAGCAAAGUGUUGCUGGUUCCUCUUGGGGAUGACUUCCGCUACGACAAAGCAUUAGAGUGGGACCAGCAGUACUUCAACUACCAGAAACUGUUCGAUUACAUGAACUCUCAUCCAGAAAUGCAUGUAAAGGCCCAGUUUGCGACGCUGACAGAUUACUUUAAUGCAGUGUACAAGGCUAAUGGAGUCGCUCCGGGGACGAGACCCCCCGAUUACCCUGUGCUGAGCGGAGACUUCUUCGCUUAUGCGGAUAGAGAGGACCAUUACUGGAGUGGAUACUACACCUCACGUCCCUUCUACAAAAACCUGGACCGUGUGUUAGAAUCUCACCUGCGAGGGGCAGAGGUUCUCUACAGCUUGGCGGUGGCUCACGCCCGGCGUGCGGGACUGGAAGGACGUUAUCCCGUCUCGGAUUACUCCCUCCUCACCGAUGCCAGGCGCAACAUAGGGCUGUUCCAGCACCAUGAUGCCAUCACGGGCACGGCCAAAGAGGCUGUGGUCAUCGACUACGGAAACAGGCUAUUACAUUCUCUGGUCGGUCUGAAACGAGUGAUCAUUAAUGCUGCACACUUCCUGGUAAUAAAGAAUAAAGACAUUUAUCGCUUCUACCAGACGGAGCCUUUCUUAGAGACGGACGACAGACGCGCCACACAUGACUCUCUCCCGCAGCGUACUCUUAUCGAGCUGGAAUCUUCUCCCAGGUAUCUGGUGCUGUUUAACCCCAUCGAGCAGGAGCGUCUGUGUGUCGUGACUCUGCUGGUGAAUUCGGUGAGAGUUCGGGUUCUCACUGAAGACGGGCAGACUUUACCGGUUCAGCUGAGCGCACAGUGGGUGUCUGCCGUUGAGAUGAGUGGAGAGGUCUACCAGGCCUCUUUCAUGGCACGCCUGCCCGCUCUGGGAUUGGCCGUCUUCCACCUGUAUGACUCUGCUGACUCCCCCAUGACCCUGCGCUCUGAUACGCUGCUCAGGAUUCCCGGACGGGGUCAGAGCAUACGGGGUUUGGACCCUCUGCCCGUGCGAUCACAGACGGUAGACGCCCAGCCGUUCUACAUCCAGAGCCAGUCUCUCACUCUGGGCUUCUCUGGAACCACAGGCCUGCUGGAGAGCGUUCGACGUAAAGACGAUCCCCAGGAGGUGAGGGUACAGAUUCAGUUCCUCACAUACGGAACUCGACCCUCCAAGGACAAGAGUGGGGCCUAUCUCUUCCUGCCGGACGGAAAUGCCAAGCCAUACUUGCAGAGAGAAGCCCCUGCAGUGCGUGUGGUGGAAGGGCCUCUCUUCGCUGAGGUUGUGGCACAUUAUCAACACUUCCAGCAGACGGUCCGCAUUCACAAUGUUCCAGGAGUUGAAGGUCUUUCUCUGGACAUCACCACCAUGGUGGACAUCAGAGAUCAGAAUAACAAAGAGCUGGCCAUGCGGCUGGUUACCGACAUUCAGAGCGGAGAUACUUUCUACACAGACCUCAACGGCUUCCAGAUCCAGCCUCGCCGGUACUUCCAGAAACUUCCACUGCAGGCUAAUUUCUACCCGAUGCCUGCCAUGGCAUAUAUUCAGGACAGCCAAUACCGGCUCACGCUCCACACGGCCCAGGCCCUGGGCGUCAGCAGCCUGGCCAGCGGUCAGCUGGAGGUGAUCCUGGACCGCAGACUGAUGCAAGACGAUAACAGGGGUCUGGGGCAGGGCCUGAAGGACAACAAACGAACAGCCAAUCGCUUCCGUCUUCUGCUGGAGAGGAGGAGCGGCAGUGGAAAGCCGGUGGACAGCAGAUCAGUCAGCUUCCCGUCGCUGCUCAGUCACAUGACCUCCACCAUCCUGAACCAUGACGUGCUGGCACUGCCCGUGUUGUCCCGGAAACACGGCGUGCCGCCCAUGCGUACCUUCGCUCCAUUGGCUGGCACCCUGCCCUGUGACUUCCACCUGCUGAACCUCCGGAGCAUCCAAAGCCUGCAGGACACUCACUCUCCAUCUCCCUACACGGCUCUGCUGCUCCAUCGACUGGGCCUGGAUUGUGGUCUGGAGGCCCAGAACCCUGGUUUCAACUGUACCACCACACAAGGCCAGCUCUCCAUUUCUGGGCUGUUCCGUGGGCUAGAUCUUCAGCUCCUUCAGCCCAUGUCUCUGUCUCUGAUGCACCCUCAGCCUCCGCUCUCCAACGACUCCAUCAUCAAUCUGGAGCCAAUGGAGAUCUCCACCUACAAGCUCAAGCUGUGCUAGAACGCUGUUGCACCAGAACCGGGCUCUCCGUGUGGACCCUUGGAGCCUGCGCUAAAGCAGAGAACCACAGCUGGAUGAGCAGAGGACUCUUUUGGAGAUUGUUUAUCCAGACUUAAUGUAUCUGAAUCAACACGAAGGCGCUAACUAAACCCUUGUAAAAUGGGAAAUAAAGACUCGAGGAUGAGAUCGUUCCAGUCAAAGUCAGAUUUGGUAGCCGGCCCGGGUGCUGAGAUAAGAAUGUCCGUGUGCAUUUUACUUUUCAGAGAGAUUUUAUCAGGCAGAGCACUAAUCGGUGAACAUCUUUUUAUUCCAGCAGUGCAGACUGUUGUUUUUGAGCUCUAUUUUUUUUCCCCCUUUUUGUCUUUGGCUGGAACUGCUGACAGUUUCUCGUUCAUUUUCUCAUUAAUUCAUUCAUCCCUGGAGUUCGUACUGUAUGUAAAUAACUCAAAAACUACAUACACUACUGGAUCUAUACAAAAUUGUGGGACUCGGUGCAAUAUGUGAAGCUUUGUUUCUCCAUUUUAUUUGUUUUCUAUUCCUAAGGCCUUGCAAGCUACGCUUGAAUCUGUGUUCUUGUCAUUCUUUUAUUUCUUUAUCUCUGCUGUGGACGGUUCUGCCUACGCUCGGCGGCCACACGUUUUUUGUUUUUUUUCUAUGAAUGUCAAUCACCCAGCUAGGCCUGUGAAGGCUGCCAGUGCUGUAACAGACGCGGCAUUUACAGAUCUCUUUCUUUCAGAAUGGCUCCCGACGCUCCGCUGACAGAAGAAGACGUCCGUGAUCCAGCAUCGGUCGGGUCUUCAGAUAGCUCUUUCAUUGCUUGGCCUCAAAUCGCGUGACGAGAGCUGACAUUUACAAUCUUUAUCCACCGUAUCUUCUGUUAAUAAAUAAAGCUGCUUCUUAAUAAGCUAGCUGGGGAUUAUCCGCAAAACA